AUGGGCGUGAAGGAAAAAUCGAUAACGGAGCUCAUUAAAAUGAGGGCCAUUCCAAGUCUCUUGGUCGUCGCUCUAAUUGCAUCGACCGAAUGCAGUUCGGAAAACAAGCAUGUGCUUAAUUCAGUCUCCAAACCGAAGGGCGUCAAAGACUUGGAGGAGAUGAUGUUGACCAUGAUGGCAAAGAUUGAAGCGCUGGCUAGUGACAACGCACAACUGAAGCUCCACAACGAGCAACUGACCCUUGACAUCACACAGCUGAAGCGCAACGAGGUUCAUAUGAAGCUCGAAGGUGAAAGCCUCAAAUCCCUCAUAGAGAAUACGGUGGAAGAUAGGCUGCAAUAUCUGGAAGCAAUCACCCGGCAAAUAACACCCCCAACGUGUGCGACUCUCGGCAACCUGGGCGUGACGAGGACGGGAACUUACCUCGUGGACCCAGAUGGGGUGCUUCGAGGCGAACCACCCAUAAAAGUGCUCUGUGACAUGGAGACAGAUCCGGCGUCCACCAUCAUUCAUCACGAUUCGAUGGAAAACACGGAGAUUGACCACUGCCCGGAUGAAGGAUGCUACAUUCGCAACAUCAAUUACGAUGCUUCAAUGAAGCAGAUGCAGGCUUUGAUCGAGCAAUCGGAGUCGUGCGAGCAGGAAAUAAGAUACGAAUGUUUUUCGGCGCCAUUGAGAGCCAGCAAUAUAGACUAUGCAUGGUGGAUGGACCGUCACGGCGAACCUCAGUAUUACUGGGUUGGGUCGCACGCAGGGGAACACCUUUGCAGCUGCGGUCUCACCGACGACUCCAUAGAAUGCAUAGACCCCGAUUUGCCUUGCAAUUGCGAUGCAGAAGCCCCCCUGGAGGAAUUGGACGAGGGGGCGAUCACCAACGGAACAGCACUGCCCAUCACGCAGCUCCGAUUCGGCGGCCUUCAGUUCGACGCCCAGAAGGCGAAUCACACUCUGCGCGGUCUGGUCUGCAGGGGCAAGGCUGCGUCGCCGGAAAACCCAGCAGAGUCCUGCUCGUCUCUUCGCAAAGCCGGACACGCUCACUCAGGUUAUUACCUGAUCAACACCAAAGAAGGGCGCUUGGAUGUCGUCUUCUGCCGGAUGGAUCUGGAAGACACCGACGCGGAUUUCCAGCUUGAUACGGGUGGACGCAUCGCAGAGGAGAGUGUCUAUUUCAAUGUCUAUCGCACAAACUUCAUCCUGGCGACCAAGUCGACGUCUAUUUGA